GCGCGGGGCCGGGCCCGGCCAUGGCGGCGGAGCGGGAGUGGGCGCAGGCGGCCCUGGCGCUGCUGGCCCCGGGCCCGGCGGAGCGCAGCCGGCCCUACGCCGUGCUGCAGAAGCAGAACCUGGUGCUGCUGGGCAGCAUCCUCAGCGCCCUGCUGCUCACCAUCAUCCUCAUGGCCGUCUGCGUCUACAAGCCCGUCCGGCGGCGGUAGCGGAGCGGGACGCGGCAGCGCUGCCCCCGAGGCUCCCGCCGGCCCUGCAGCCCGUGGCGGCUCCGGGCCCCGGCAGUGACUCCCGGAGCGCGGCCGCAGCCGAGCCGCCCGGCCCGGAGCAGCGUCUGCAGCAAAGCACCUUCCUCCCGUCGCAGCGAGGCCGCGGGACACGAUGCGCUCGGGAGCAGCCCCGGUCUCCGAUCCACACCCGGCAGACUUCCCGGGCCCGGACACGAACGCAGGCAGGCUCCCGGCGCUGCUGGCUGAACGAUGGGCCCGUGCACUCUUAUCUCAUGUCUAGUUUUGCUUUCUGAUUCGGUUCGCCGCUUCACUGCUGGCUCUCGAGCGUUUCUAGUGCAGCCUUCAAAGAUAGUCCGAAGGCAAGAGCUCAGCAGCCUGCUGUGGGGGUGUUACACAUGCCUCUGAGCAGAAAUGCAGGGUGGGCAGAUCCUGGUGUAGCUACACUGGGCCAGGCUUGGCAUUCCUAUCUGCUUUAACUCUCAGCUGAAUGCUGCAGCUUCACACCAGCUGUGCUGAGGCUGUUCCCAGCAGGGCUGCAGGUGAGGGGCUCCAGCUUGCACCGAGCACUCCCCUCUCAAGGCAGGUUUGUCUCUCAGGAAACGGGAGGCACUGUCUGUCUGAGCUGGGCAGGAGCUUGGGCUCUCUGGAAGCAUCUUUUGUUUGGGCUCGAGCCAGACCAGUGCAUUUCCAGUAUUCUGUUCAAGUGUUUACACUGAAAUCACACUGGCAUAUGGAUGCUGCUAUUUUGUUUUGCACUGCUCGGGGUAGUAACUGGAUUUGGCUCACUGUUAAGUUAGUAUUUAACAUAGGGGUGUCUUGGUUAGUAAUUUAUUUAAUGUCUUAAAACUUAACUUACAGAACAAUUGUGUUGACCUGUUCUUUAAAACCUUGUGCUGCAUCUGAUGUGUUUUCUGUUCAGCUUGUUUUAAAAGACUGCUCUCACCCCACUGGGACUUCCUUUGCUCGGGUGGUGACAGCAGGAGGCUGCCAAGGACAGCUCUAGCUACUAAUGGUGGUGAAAGAUGAGUGGGGAAGCAGGGGCACGCUGCUCUGUUGCUUUCUGAGCUAGUUUUUGAUCACAGAGCCCUGUGUCACUGGUUUCUCUGGGGCCUUCAUCUGGUGUCAAACUUGGCCUGUAGCUGUGUGCUGGGGGGGUGGAUGGAGUGGGCAGCUACAGCUCUACAUUCCCUGGAGCAGCCUCGUGUUUGCAUUCAUUGUUCCCUCCCUGCUGUGUCUUUGUACAAAUAAAAAGCUAAGGAAGCAA